AUGAAUCAAUCAUUAGAGGUCAUAACACUUGGAGCGGGAAUGUUUAUUUUUACAUUCCUAUUGGGAUACUUGCCUACAAAACUAACUACUUCUCAAAGAAUAAUGAACUUGAUUGCUAUAUUCGGCGCAGGAUUAUUGGUUGGUUCUGCUUUAGUGGUUAUUAUUCCUGAGGGAAUGUUGGUGCUUUUCAGCUCAUUAUAAUAAUCAAACCUAAAAGCUACAUCUCUUGCAUAAACUUCUUCAGACUUAGUAAAUCAAAAUAUGCAUACAGAAAAAUAACUAUCUUAAUCACAAGCAAGAGACUUCUUAUCACAUGAUUUUCUACAACUUCACUCCCCCGGUGAAUCGAACAUAGUGAACCCUAAUAUCACAAAAUAUGUAGGUGCAUCUCUAAUUAUUGGUUUCUCGAUCAUGCUAUUGCUUGAUCAAGGUUUCUUAAUCAUAAAAGAGUGGAAAAUGAAAAAAGGGUAGAAAUAUGAGCAUUUGCAUAAUCACGAUUUGGAUCAUGAGCAUAAACACAACCAUGAUCAGGAAAAAAAUCACCAUCAUGAUCAUGAACAUAAAGUCAGUAUUGGUUCACAUGAUGCACACAACCACAGUCACAAUGAAUCUAAUGAAAAACAAGAUAAAGAACAUAAGCACAAACACGAUCAUGAACAUGAGCACAAGCAUAAAAACAAGAAGGAACUAAAAACUCCACUACUUGAGUCUUAAAAAAGUGAAAGAGAUCUAGAGUGCUCAGCUGUAAAGAAUAAUAAAUAGAAAAAAGAUAAUUGCAUUGUGGUUCAGACUGAAAAUACUACGGAAAAGCAAGCUUCUAAUGUUUUUGUUCACUAGCAUGAGGACCAUUUUCAUGCCCAUGAACACUACCAUGGAGACUCUGAAAAUAUUUUAGUAUCUACUAUAGGACUAGUAAUUCAUUCAAUUGCUGAUGGGUUGGCACUUGGAGCUUCUCUUUUCUUGAGUUUUAAAAGUGAUACUGGAUCAAGCGCUUCAGGACUUGGACUAUUAAUUUUUCUUGCAAUCCUACUUCAUAAGGCACCUGCUUCAAUUGGGUUCGGUACCUUUUUGUAUCAUGAAGGACUUAGAGAUUGGGGGUUGGCUAAGCAUCUCUUGGCAUUUACAUUAACCUGCCCAUUGACAGCAAUAUUUAGUUAUUUUGCAUUGUUGAAUUGGGAGAAAGAAUCAGAUUAACAGUUAUUAAUGUUUUGGGUUGGAAUAUUACUACUUGUCUCAGCCGGAUCAUUCCUUUAUGUAGCUACAAUUCAUAUCUUACCAGAAGUAUUCUGUAAUACAGACAUUCACAGACCUCACACUCACCAUCACUUACCUGAGGAUCAUGUUCAUGAUGAAGAGCAUUUUAGUAAAUCAAUUGAGCUCACUACUAUAAUUGUUGGAUUGAUUACCCCAUAUUUAUUGAUACUCUUCUAUGAAUGA